GGCUGAGUGCACGCAUAUCCCCGGAGUUGUCUCCCGCAUUCGGGCCCACAUAACGUGGUUUGAUUAUCCUUGUCGCUUCCACAUCUCACGUGCAUAUUGUCUUCUUGGUUCGAUGUACUGGCCCCCGCCUUUGCUUGGAUCGCACGGUCUGCAACCCGUUUGAGAAACAGCACGAGGAAUUGCUGGACUUCAUGUCGUCCACGUUCCGGACUCCUGCAGGAGACGUUGUCAUCCAAUGGGACUCUUAUGAAGAAUUUUGGGAGUGUCUGCCUAAUAUCCCAGACGCGGCGAAGAGUCUCGUGACCGACGCGCUGCCCACCUUGACGGAGCUGGUGGACUUGGCCAAGGAUAAAAAUUUCGCGGCUACCUUGAAGGAAGCAGGAGUACAGACGAUUCCCGCCACCCGGAUUGCCAACUUUAUCCAAAAGACUAUCUAUGACGCAAAGUAGUUUUUUGUUCUGUCCUUUCUCAAACAUGUGGCGCCUGCUUGCGGUUUCGGCGGUAGCGUAGUGUUGCUUGAGUUACGGUGUUUGGUGAUGGUUUUCAGGGACGGGGAUAAGAAGUUCGCGGUUUUGGGUGGGGAGUAUGGGGACCGGGCUGUUUCUCGAACCCAGGAUGAGGUGGCUCUCGCGUAGUACUUGGCAUUCUUGCGCGGUUUACACGAGUUCUCGGCGUGUAUCAACACGCGUAUGUAUACAUUAUUGUGACGGGGGUUGGGGGGUUCCGGGAACGGAGAGAGGGGACCACAUUGUGCUCUCUUUUUUUUUUAAUAUUGUGUCACAUUUUCUAGCGAGGCAGCUCUUGAACCCCAACGAUCCUCAUAGAAGGGGUAGUUCGACUUGGAGGAAGUGGCCUCGAUAGCAGGAGAGUUUUUCAUGUCGAUACUUGCCAAAUUUUGUGUCCACGUAAACUGUGAUCGCGAGUCCGAUACCCCCGGCCCCAUAACACGAACGUAUGAAGCACUUUUUGGGGGGUUGUAAGCUUGUGACAUAGACUGCUUCGGCAGGCGAAAUCCGUCUCAACAUGCGUGGUUCGUGCUUUGUUGCGAAGUUCGCAUCACUCCGAAGGUGCAUUAUUCCGAAGGCUGUGUUUCGGUCGCGGUACUUUUACAAGGAAUUAAAAAAA